AUGAGCGCCGACUUCAUCUGGAAGCACUGGAACAAGCAGUAUGGCCUCGACCAGGAAAACUUCUACUCCCGCCUGCUCCACACAUCCAGUGCACUGCUCGACUUCAAGACACCCACGGGCAUUCAGCUCAACUUGACUUCUUUGCCCUCUAGUUACUUUGCAAACUCCCAUCGAUUGACCAUCUUCCCGGGGAUCAGUGGGGAUAUCUCCUUUCUCCAUACAUCCAGGCCCAUCUCGGGCUAUGGCCCUACGCGUUCUAUACCGCUGCCUCCGUUGCUAGACAGCUAUGCCCGUAUCAAAAGUGCUGCAGUACGAGAUCCCUCGCACUACAAUGAAAUAUGGCACCGUGGACAGCGUGUCGAUGUGGCAGAUACACUCCUCUUUGGCAGACUCCAACUACCCAAUCGUAAGCUAGAGGCCAUUUAUGCACGGAGACUAUCGCCCGUCUCGCAGAUGAUUCUGACGGCUGUGAGUGAUCGUAAGAUGCCCAAUGGCGGGACUGUCUUUGUGCAAUACCAACAAGACUAUGGCAAGUACAGUAAUGAGUUUGUCUAUAAUACAGACGAUGCACUCAUUGGAUAUCGAUGUAUGCGCAACUUGGGAUACGAUGCUGAAGUCUUGUCUGCAAUGCACACGGAUGAACCAGCUGUUCGCCCAGCCAAAGAUGCACCUUUAUCGACGUAUGGUCGAUUUUCUGCUGGCUUUGAAGUGUACUAUGGUGCACUGCACCAGUCUGGCGGUCUCUCAGCAGGCAUGCGAUUUGCGACGCUGCCAUCCUAUCAUGGUCCUCCCACUACCAUGACACUCACCUUGAAUCCACUCGUCGGUCAUUUGAGUGCAACUUAUGCCAUCAAAUCUUCACGGGAAAAGGAAAGAGCGACCUUGGCAACAAGGCUUGAUUUCAACAUCUUCAGCUACGAGAGCGACUUGUCUGUCGGCGCAGAAAUUUGGCAGUUUCCUACACAGCUACCGCUUGGAUUUGAGACUCCUGAUGCAAGUCAUGCCUUGCCUGCACCUCUGACACAAGAGGGACCCUCAGGGCUCAUCAAAGCAUCGAUACACAGCAAUUCGUUGCAAGGCAGGUUGCUCUGGGAAGGCAGAGUGCGCCACUUCCUCGUCAACUUUGGAGGCAAGUUUGACUUGAAGCAGCGCAAGCUCUUCAGUCUGGGUCUUGAGAUUCAGUACGGUGCCUGAGCAGUCAUAGAACUAUUUCCUUUGGCAGCCUUCUUCCCUUUGUCCUCUUUACAAGACUUUGUCUUAGGAAGUCUUCCUUGAACUUCUGCGAAAUGAUGACAAAGCGACACUGCCCCGGCUUACACGAGCCAUGCGCUCCCUUCCUUCCACCGACGCUGCAUGGCCCAGUCUUACAAGUCAGCAGAGGGCUACAAGCUAGAUGGCAAUGCAGCCUUUCGUGAGGGUAACUAUGAAAAGGCCCUCACAGCCUAUACCCAGGCCAUCACGAAAAGUGGCGGCAGGAUACUCACCUACUUCACCAAUCGAGCGCUCUGCCGGCUACGGCUUGCAGAGUCAGAGGAACAACUUGAAAAGGUGAUUGAGGACUGUGAGCAUGUACUCGAUGCAAAGACAGAGCUGGAUGCCACUGUGAUGAAGGCGAAAUGGUAUACAGGACAAGCGCAACUCC